AUGGGUCGACGAAAGAUCGAGAUUAAGGCCAUCAAAGAUGAUCGGAAUCGUUCUGUAACGUUCCUCAAGCGCAAGGGAGGUCUCUUCAAGAAAGCACACGAACUAUCGGUGCUCUGUUCCGUUGAUGUUGCCGUUAUCAUCUUUGGUCACAAUAAGAAAUUGUACGAGUUCUCGUCUGGUGACAUCAAUGAAACUCUUGGGCGAUACCAAUAUUAUGGCCAACCGCACGAGCACAAAGGACCAGCUGAUUUUGCUGGAAAGCAAAGCCUGGAUGACGAUGACGAGGAAGACCUGUCGGGUGUUGAAGACAUCAUCCCACCCCAGAACCACAACAUGGUUCCCCCCCCACAGAUACAGAAUCAACCGACCUUCCAACAUAUCAACCAUCAUCCCUCCGCAUCGCCACCAAUACCGAAUGGCGUUUUCCACCCUCGACAUGGAACACCGCAGCCUGUCAUCUCCAGACCCCCUUCGAGGAACAAUCUUCAACGAGUCGGUGGCUCUGGGCUAGUUCCACAGCAGCAGCGUCACCCUGCAACUUCACCCCCUCCUCAAAACGGGUUUUCCGCGUAUAUGCCCAACCCUUCCAUGUACAACGCCCAGAAUAUACCCCAGCAAGCCCCACGGCCCGGUCAAUAUCCCUAUCCCCCCCCUAUGCCUCAACACCAUCAUCACCACGCCCAACAACAUCCCCCUCCCCCCCCUCAAGCACAUCACCCAUCUCUGCCGCCACGACACCACACUCCACAACCUCAUCAUCAAUCCAUGGCCCAACCGCCGCCCUCAUAUCUACAAGAACACCAGAAGAGACAUUCUAUGCCGGGACCAUUCCCUCCCCCCGAACGGCAAGUACAAUCGCAGUCGCGCUCGCCGCCUCAACCACAACCUCUGCAGAAAACGCAGCAUAACCACACUCCACCGCCACCAAAACCUCUUCCAUCUAAAUCCCGCAGCAUUUUCACCCCAAUUGAUGAUCGCGGUUCAGUACUUGCGCAGCAUUUCGGAUUUGGUCCGCACUCAGACUCGCCCAAAACGGACUCUCCAUUAAAACCCGACCCUGAGAACGCCGACACGAAUAGCCAUCCCGCCCCGCCCCAGCCCUCUGCCGCCCCUGUACGGUCCACGACUCUUCCCGCCCAUCCGCAACGUGCCCACUCACUCUCCUCGAUACCUGACGUCGCCCCAAUCUCUCGCUCAAAUAGCCUCCAAGUUGGCGCAAAACGGCCACGUCUAAAGGUCCAAAUCCCCAGUGAGAACUCGGAUGCAGGCAGUGCAACUGCAGAGUCCUCCCCUCGUGAAUCCACAGGAAACACUGCCGCAACCCCCGCUCGUGGUAGUUCUGAUGGCGGACAUACCGGGGUCGUCCUACCACCCCCAUCACCCUCAGCCACCGCUCUCCUCAGUGCGGGCGCGCAGGGGCCUCCAAACCCAUUCGCCCGCCCACCACCGCCAUCUGCAGUCGUAACAUCCUCCUCCCAAAACAACACCUCCUCCACCUUUUCCAGCAACAGCCAUAACAACAACAACAUCGACACCCCUAUCUCCGCCCUCCCCAGCCGCUUCGUAUCCGAUACUCUCCUCCCUUCCCCAUCCAGCUUCUAUCCUGAGUGGGGUUUCGGCCGCUCUGGCCCUGACAGCAACGUGUUACCGAGCCCAUUGACGUUCCCAACGCCAAUUGUGACGAAUGGGCCUGGGUUUUCGAGUGCGAUUAAUUCACAUUCGAAUUCGCAAUCGCAAUCGGGCUCGGGAUUGAAGGAGAAGGAGAAGGAUGGGGUUGGGGUUGGGGCCCUGGAAGAAGGGGGAAUGGAUAGGAAGAGGAAGAGUCCGGAAGGGGGGAUGAGUGCUAGUGGCAUGUCCCAUGCCCAUGGACCUGCAGGCGUUGCCGUAGGGAAGAGGGUGAAGGUUGAGUGA